AUGCCGAUGAGCGUCAGGUCGUUCGAGGAGAUGACCUCGAUAACCGACAUGAAGGGCGGAACCUAUUCGGUGAAGAUGCGACCAAACUGCAAUGUGUGUGCCGUUGGCCAUCCUAUGUCUCCAGUCUACCCCGAGGAUUUCCUGAAGAGCGUUCGAGCCGUCGCUUUGCUUCAAAUCUACCGUUGGUCCGAAAUUACCGUCGGGAGGAUUCGCGAGCUUAAGGACCGGAUCGCUCGAAAUGCGUUCUCUCGCCGAGAGUGGAGAUCUGAUCUUCCGACCGUUCUUCCUAUUCGCACCAAGCGACUAGACAUCUUCCUGAAGGACAUCCAGAAGCAAGUUUCUGAAGCAAAGAGGAUGGGAACUCUUCCUGAUUUGAGCGCGAUAUUACCCACCCAGCUGGGGCUGGCCAGCGGGGAAGGACCCUCGACGGCGGUUCCUCGCGCUGGUGAGGUUCCCCCUUCUGGUGCUAGAAACGCAGGGAAGGGUAAAAAAAGGAAGAGGGGCGGCUCGGGAGUCGAGGGGAGCGCCGAGGAGGCGAGCGACGUUCCUCCUUCUGGCGAACCCCAGAAGAAGAAGAAGAAGAGGACAAAGAAGCCCGUUGAUGAGCAGUCGGAGAAUCCCGAGGAACCAACUGAGAUUGAGGAGGGUGAUGAAGUUGGUGGAGGGGAGGAAUCUGAAACUCCUCUUAAUGCCACCCGUCCGGACGGUUCUGAAGAAGACAGCGGAGAGUCGCCGCUUUUGAUCAGGAGGCAUAACGACGAUGUUGGGGAUGAGGCGCGAUCUCCUAUUCUGGCGUCUUCUCGCGAGGGAACUCCGGUUCCCAUUGGAGAAGGGGCCGCUCAGAUCGGCACUUCUUCUCGCGGCUCCGCUAUCUUGAGGAGGGUGCCUGGAGUCAACUUUCCGGACAAGGUUUCGUUUCACUACGAGGGACCGGCCCCUCUAGUGUACGUUCCCGAGAAGUGCGGAGAGUUCCUUCGCCAACUAAGGGGGAGGGCGAAACCUCUGCCCGCUGUGAAGGACCUCAUCUUCGGGAGUGAAUACGAGGAAGCUGCGAGGGCCAAGCUGCUGGGGGAUAGCGCGACGAACGUCGUGAUUGAUAAGUACGACACUGCCAUGAAGGGAGCUUUGGGCGAACUCGAGCUGGUUAAGAAGGAGCAAGCGGAGAGAGAGGAAACUUCUGCUCGCCAGCUGAAUGCAUCGAGGGCUGACGCCGAGAGGCUUAACGGGAUGGUUGCUCGCAUUAUUGCUCGAAGAGACGAGCUCAAAGCCGAGUUGGAGGCAUCCCGAGGAGUCGUCCGUGAGCUCGAGCGGAAGAACGCCGGACUUGAGAACGAGAAGGUUUCGCUCGCUGCGCCUCAUGAAAGAGAGAUGAGGCGCCUUAGAUAUUCCAGAAUCCUGGAAGUGACGAGGGAAAGAGGAAGAGUUGAGGCCGAGAUGGCCGCGAAAGCUAAUCGUCGCUUCGCUAGGAUUCGCUCCCGAGAAGAGCGACGAGGUCCCUAUGAGGAGGCCCGGUUGCUUCAUAGCCAAGCCUUCGGAACCAGGAAAUGCCUUGAGGCCUUGAAGAGGGCUGGGAGCGACAUCUCGCAAGCUACUAUCGAGAUAUUCGCCGAGCAAGAAAAGAAAUAUGAGCAGGAAGCCGAGAAGCUUAGGGUGGGUGAGAUACCCGAGGAAGAUCUCACACUUUCUCCUCUCGUAUUGGACUCUCAGUUUGUGGAUGCUCGAAUCUUGGCGAGUCUCGAUCCUUAUGGGUCCAACGCCGGCUUGAUCGAUCCGGAGACUGCAGCGAGUCUUCACGUUCCGCCUACUCAUCCGACUGAAGCGCGGCGCGAAGACCCGACGCCUCUUCUUGAAGGCCCUUUGGUUGAUCCAGAGAUCGUCCCGAGAUCAGACGAAGCGCGUGUUUCUCCGGCCGCUCGUGAGUCGAGCGUCAGGGCUUCGGAGCUCUCCGUCCUCAACGAUCGUGAAAGCGACCGGGAGGACUAG